AUGCGCAUCGUCUGGGCCACCCGCCCGACCAACACCGGCAUCGCCCUGGCAGCCACCAUCUUUGUCGCCGCCGGCGUCCUGCUGCUGUACAUUGUCAACCUCGUCUUUGCGCAGCGGGUCUUGAGGGCAUACAGGCCCCGGAUAGGGUGGAACAAGACCCUCGGGUGGGCGUGGAAGGGAUUGUUUGGGAGUGUGGUUGCUGUUUUGGUGAUGGUUGUCACGGCUACUGUUGUCGGGAUGAUGAGUUCUGACCUUGGGGUCAGGCAAAAGACGAGGGAGGUGCAGCUUUUUGCGGGGGUGUAUAUGGCUGUGCUGGCGGUUUCACCGGUGGUGGUCGUUGCUGGGGCCGUGUUUUGGCCGGGCGGGGGCGGGAACAACAAGGUGGACAAGUUUGGGCAGGGGAGGAUGAGGAGCAAGAUUUUCUUGCUGGUGGGAUCGUCGCUUUUGUUGACGUUGGGGGCGGCGUUUAGGGCGGGGAUUGGGUUUGUGCCGAGGUUGGUGACGGAUCCGGCUUGGUAUCAUUCCAAGCCGGCGUUUUACUGCUUCAACUUUGGGAUUGAGUUGGUGGUGGUGUAUGGGUAUGCGGUGGCGAGGUUUGAUAAGAGGUUCCAUGUGCCGGAUGGGAGUUCAGGGCCGGGGGAUUAUGGGAGGGGGCCGGUGGUGGUGAAUAAGGAGGAGGAGGUUUUUGGGGGUGGGGAUUCAGAGGGGCAGAGUCAUGGAGGGGAGGGGGUGAUGAAUAAUAGUCGGGGUCAGAGUCGGAGUAGGAGUCGGGGACGGGAAAUGGUGGAGGGUGGUGCUGCUGCUGGGGAAAGGCCGGAGAGUUUGGUGUUCGUGGAGGCGGUGUUGCAGAACGGGCUUAAGAAGAAGGCUGUGGUUUAA